GCCUUGUCGUCUGCCCGGCAGAAUAUUCCUCCGGCGGCGAAUCCCGAAGGACACGCAAUACGAGGAGCGAACUCCAGCAUCCGAAGCCAACGUCCUCCUACCCUGCAGUAUGCAGACCAUAGAUCUGCUAUUGGUUUAAAACCUAGGACCGAGGUGCAGGGUCGACAUAACCGGAUUGUGUUUGCAUAUCUUUGGGCUCCUUCAACAUGGUUUACGAUUACAAUGGUGGUAAGCCUGAUUGAACUAGUAUGCGAACGGCAGCUUGGGACCUCCAACCUGCAGCUGUGACCUCCAAUCUUACAUUCUUAAUGAUCAUGAGCGUAGAGUUCAAUGCCAGGAAUUAGAGCAACUCUGUUCGACCACCAUUCACUCUAGGUGAAGCAAGUGUUACGACGUUGCUGUAAAGCAUUUGCCAGAACCAAGAUGGCGUCCACUGCUUCCUCAUCUACCCCGACGAGGACGACAUAUACUGGUCCAACUCAUACAUACACUCACCCUCAGCUUGGAUCAUUGACGGGCCGUCUGGUAAGCAGCAAGCAUUUCAAAGAGUCAACGACCGUCCAGUUCUGCUCGAUCCCAUUUGCCUCAGUGCCCAAACGCUUCGCCCCUUGCGAGCCAUUGACCACCAUCCCAUCCGAUUUUGAUGGCCGACCACAUCGCAACUUUACCCAGUUCGGAGCAGCAUGUCCUCAAAUUGGCGGGACGACCGCACGUUGGUUUGAAGCAUAUGGCGGCAAAUUGGACGAUGACCAUGGCAUUGAGUUCAACGAAUUCACCUGUUUGACCAUGACCAUUUCUGUACCGGAGCCACACCUCGCCGCAUUAGCCAACGGCGACAAUCCGCCAUCUCUUCCAAUACUUCUGUACCUCUACGGCGGCGGGGCACAAGAAGGCGUCGGACACGUGGAUGGUCUCCAUUCAAACGCACCCCUGGCCGCAUACGCAGCCUCCAUCUCCCUACCGGUCAUCACCAUCAACAUCGGCUACCGUCUGAACUGGCUGGGCAGCCUAGCCUGUCAGGACAUACUGGAAGAGUACCCUGCCGACCCUGGGACAUCUCCUCAUGGUCCGUUCAACCAUUACAUCCAGGACCAGCGCACAGCCUUCUCCUGGAUACAAAAGUUCAUCGGCGGCUUCGGCGGAGAUGCAUCGAAUAUCACAGCGUUUGGCGAGUCGGCGGGAAGUAUGCUGCUAGUGUACCAUAUCUGCGGAUCCACAGAGCCUCUUUUCAAAAGAGCCAUUCUCCUGUCCGGAGUCGUCAUGGGCCAUAUGUCUCUUCAAGAGAAAGAGGCCGAGUACCAGGGUCUCUUGAAACAAUUCAAGAUUACAGGCGCGACUGCGAGCGAAAGACUGGAAAAACUCAGACAAAUCCCUGCUGAAGCACUCGUGCAAUAUCCCGGCGCGCAUAUAUUGCUCGUCGCCGAAGAUGCUCCAGGUGUAAAGAUCCCCCAGCCUCUCUUCGCACGAGGCCCGGUCACAUACACAAGCCAGAUGUCUCUCAUCCAAUCCUGCGAGUGGCUCGAGGACAUCAUCCUCGGCGACGAUUUCUUAGAGGGGUAUGCCUUGAGGGAAUCUCUUCGAGCAGUACCUGCCGCAGGGUUUGUUGGAGUAGUCAAAGCAUCACUUCCCGAACCGCAAGCUGUUGGACUGCUCGAAGCAUACGACAUACCUACUACGGUCGAAGCAGCCUGGGAGAUGGACCCGAACCUCUUCUUCGGCAAUCUCACGUAUGUGAUCGGAGACAUCAUGUUCUCAGCCCCAUAUGACAUGCUAUGCAACAUGCUCGGACAGCAUGAUAGCGGCAAGCAGAGAAAAAUCUACCGCUACGCCUUCGGCCUGUCAAACCCAUUCCCAGGGUCUGACCACAGUUUCGUUACAGGUCACCAUUUCGUGGAGAUCUUAUUCAUCUUCCUCACCUUACUCGACCGGUACCCCAAGCACCGGGACAACUGGCUGGCGAAGCAAGCGUGCGAAACGGCAAGGCGUUGGAUCACAUUCGCUCAUGGCAAGCAGCCGUGGGAUGAGUACUUGGUUGACGAAGACGAGACGCAAGCAAAGAUCGCUGUCUGUGACGACCUCCAGGGAUGGACCGUCAAGACUGUCGCCCAGGAUGAAGAGGAGAGCAAGUCUUACCCUUGGGGACCCCGACGGUAUGCGGGCUGGAGAGCAUAUCACGCAGCGUUGGAAUCGCUGAGAGAGCCUGGAGUGAGUCAAGAUGUGUGGGAGAUGAAGGUUCAUGGUGCGAGGAUGCAGAUUUUCAUGUAUGCCUUGAUGCAGGGUAGAGUGCAGCAACAAGCUCCGGAGGCCUCGGAUGCCGAAACCAAACGAGACAUUGCAGUCGGAGAGCAGCUCAGCAGUACGUUGACGGAUUAAAUUGUACGAAAGACGACAACGUCGGGUUUGACACACCAAAGUGGUUUGCCUUUGAGCACAAUUCCCUUUUAUGAGCAACGAAUAUCGAGGUUUAAUACUCUCCAAA